CCGGAUUUGGGGCCAGAGCACGCACUCGCGACCCCGCAUGCGCAGAGCUGGGAGCCAGCCUCCAGGACUACAGCCCCCAGCGGAGCCGCAAAGUGGCCGCAGGCGCGGAGCCGCUGACGCCAUCUUGAAAUCUGAUCCUCAAUCUCUGAGCCUUUGUGUCAGCAGCGAGUGGCCGCUACUGCACCGAAGACCCAGCCUGCUAAAAGGGGAGGACGUUGAGGACGCGGCGGCUGGAGGGAGAGACAGCUGUAGGAGACUUGGCAGGUUCCGCACGCGGCCUGCGCCGCUGUCACUCAGCAUCCCCCUGAAGCAUUUCUACGUCCGCUCCCGCCCUGAGGGGCGGGGCUGCCACUCUGGUACCCAGAGCCCGCGUGCGGGUGGCGGAGCUGCGCCUGCAGAGUGGAGACCCUCCGGACUGUGUCAUGCCAGCUGGAGACCCCCGGGGCAGGAGACCGAGCGCAACCAAGAACGAGUGAGUGAUCUCUGAGCAGCCGCCGCCUUGGGGGAAGCUCGGCGGCACCCUCUAGGAGGGAAGAUGAAGGAGAUUUGCAGAAUCUGUGCCCGGGAGCUGUGUGGAAACCAGCGACGCUGGAUCUUCCACACAGCGUCCAAGCUCAACCUGCAAGUUCUGCUUUCUCACGUCCUGGGCAAGGAUGUCUCCCGCGAUGGCAAAGCCGAGUUUGCUUGCAGCAAGUGUGCUUUCAUGCUUGAUCGGAUCUAUAGAUUCGACACGGUUAUAGCCCGGAUCGAAGCCCUUUCUAUUGAGCGCUUGCAAAAGCUUCUGCUGGAGAAGGAUCGCCUCAAGUUCUGCAUUGCCAGCAUGUAUCGGAAGAAUAACGAUGACUCUGGCGCCGACACCAAGGCGGGGAAUGGAACGGUUGACAUUUCCGGCUUACCGGAUGUCAGAUACUCUGCACUGCUCCAGGAAGACUUUGCCUAUUCAGGGUUUGAGUGCUGGGUGGAAAAUGAAGAUCAGCUUCAGGAGCCACACAGCUGCCAUACUUUUGAAGGCCCUGGAAACCGACCCAGGAGAUGCCGUGGUUGUGCAGGUUUGCGGGUUGCUGAUUCUGACUAUGAAGCCAUUUGUAAGGUGCCUCGAAAGGUGGCCAAAAGUAUCUCCUGUGGCCCUUCUACUAGGUGGUCUACCAGCAUUUGCACAGAAGAACUAGCUUUGUCUGAGGCAGGACCACCGGACUUAACAAGCACAAAGGUAGCCCCAGAUGGAGAAAGCAUGGAGGAAGGGACACCAGGUUCCUCUGUGGAGUCUUUGGAUGCAAGUGUGCAGGCUAGUCCUCCACAACAGAAGGAUGAGGAAGCUGAGAGAAGUGUAAAGGAACUUGUAAAGUGUGACUGUUGUUUAGAUGAACAGGCUCCACAGCAUCUGUGUAACCACAAGCUGGAGCUAGCUCUUAGCAUGAUUAAAGGUCUUGAUUAUAAGCCCAUCCAGAGCCCCCGAGGCAGCAAGCUUCCUAUUCCAGUGAAAUCCAGCCCACCUGCAGCCAAGCCUGGCCAUAACAUGACAGAUGGAGUUAGUUCCGGUUUCCUUAACAGGUCUUUGAAACCCGUUCACAAGACAGCUGUGAGUUAUCCCUUGGAGAUUACAGACCUGCAGGAGCUGUGGGAUGAUCUCUGUGAAGAUUAUUUGCCACUCCGGAUCCAGCCCAUGACAGAAGAGCUACUCAAACAUCAAAAGCUGAAUUCAAAUGAGACCACUGUAACUCAACAGCAUGUAUCUGAUUCCCAGUUAGUUGAACUCCAAGAAAAAAUCCAGCAAACAGAGGCCACCAACAAGAUUCUUCAGGAGAAACUAAAUGAAAUGAGCUUUGAACUAAAGUCUGCUCAAGAGUCAUCUCAGAAGCAAGAUGGUACAAUUGAAAGCCUCAAAGAAACCCUGAAAAGCAGGGAAAGUGAGACUGAGGAGUUGUACCAGGUGAUUGAAGGUCAAAAUGACACAAUGGCAAAGCUUCGAGAAAUGCUACACCAAAGCCAGCUUGGACAGCUUCACAGUUCAGAGGGUACUUCCCCAGCUCAGCAACAGGUGGCUCUGCUUGAUCUUCAGAGCACUUUAUUCUGCAGCCAGCUUGAAAUACAGAAACUUCAGAGGGUGGUAUGCCAGAAAGAACGCCAACUGGCUGACGCCAAACGAUGCAUGCAGUUUGUAGAGGUUACAGCACAUGAGAGAGAACAGCAGAAAGAGGCUUCGUGGAAACAUAACCAGGAAUUAAGAAAAGCCUUGCAGCAACUACAAGGAGAACUGCAGAGUAAAAACCAACAACUUCAUACCCUGGAGGCUGAAAAAUACAAUGAGAUUCGAACCCAAGAGCAGAACAUUCAACACCUAAACCAUAGCCUGAGUCACAAAGAGCAGCUGCUGCAGGAAUUUCGGGAGCUCCUGCAGUAUCGGGAUAACUCAGACAAAACCCUUGAAGCAAAUGAAAUGUUGCUUGAGAAACUUCGGCAGCGGAUCCAAGAUAGAGACACUGCUCUAGAGCGAGCUAUCGACGAAAAGUUCUCUGCUCUGGAAGAAAAAGAAAAAGAACUACGUGAACUUCAUCUUGCUAUUAGAGAGCGAGAUCAUGACUUAGAAAGACUGCGCGGUGUCCUCUCCUCCAAUGAAGCUACCAUACAAAGUAUGGAGAGUCUCCUGAGGGCCAAAGGCCUGGAAGUGGAACGAUUAUCUGCUACCUGUCAAAAUCUCCAGUGGCUGAAAGAAGAAAUGGAAACCAAAUUUGGCCAUUGGCAGAAGGAACAAGAAAGUAUCAUUCAGCAGUUACAGACAUCUCUGCAUGACAGGAACAAGGAAGUGGAGGAUCUUAGUGCAGCAGUGCUCUGCAAGCUUGGACCAGGGCAGAGUGAAAUAGCUGAUGAGCUGUGCCAGCGUCUACAUCAAAAGGAAAGGAUGCUGCAGGACCUUCUAAAUGAUCGAAACAAGCAAGCCAUGGAACAUGAAAUGGAGAUUCAGGGUCUGCUUCAGUCCAUGAGCACCAGGGAGCAGGAGAGCCAAGCUGCUGCAGAGAAGAUGGUACAAGCCCUAAUGGAAAGAAAUUCAGAAUUACAGGCCCUGCGCCAGUAUUUAGGAGGGAAAGACUUCAUGACGUCCCAAGCACUUAUGUCUAACCAAUCGGCUGAAGUUACCGCCAUUGGCCUCCAUCUUGGAGGGCAACCUGAUCAAGAUUCAAUGCAGAUACCCUCCAGAGAUGACAGUGCUUGUUUGACUGCCAAAGGGGAUUCCAGCAUACCUAGGUCCACAUUAGGAGAUUUGGGUACCGUUGCAGGGAUGGAAAAAGAACUGAGUAAUGCCAAAGAGGAACUUGAACUCAUGGCUAAAAAAGAAAGGGAAAGUCGGAUGGAACUUUCUGCUUUACAGUCCAUGGUGGCUGUGCAAGAGGAAGAGCUGCAGGUGCAGGCUGCUGAUAUGGAGUCCCUGACCAGGAACAUCCAGAUUAAAGAAGACCUCAUAAAGGACCUGCAGAUGCAACUGGUUGAUCCUGAAGACAUACCAGCUAUGGAAUGCCUGACCCAAGAAGUCUUACUUCUUCGGGAAAAAGUUGCUUCAGUAGAAUCUCAGGGUCAAGGAACUUCAGGAAGCCGAAGACAACAAUUGCUCCUGAUGCUGGAAGGACUGGUAGAUGAACGGAGUCGUCUCAAUGAAGCCUUACAAGCAGAGAGACAGCUCUAUAGCAGUCUGGUGAAGUUUCAUGCCCAUCCAGAGAGCUCUGAGAGAGACCGAACUCUGCAGGUGGAACUGGAAGGGGUCCAGGUGUUACGCGGUCGGCUAGAAGAAGUUCUUGGAAGAAGCCUGGAACGCUUAAGCAGGCUGGAGACCCUGGCCGCCAUUGGAGGUGCAGCUGCAGGGGACGACACUGAAGAUGCGAGUACUGAGUUCACUGACAGUAUUGAGGAGGAGGCUGCACAAAACAGCCACAAGCAAAUCAUCAAGGUGGCUUUGGAGAAAAGUCUAGCAGCUGUGGAGACCCAGAACAUAUCUCUUCCUCCUCCUUCCCCAACAGGAGGGGACAGUAACAGGGGUCUUCAGGAGGAAAUGCUCCACCUGAGGGCUGAGAUUCACCAGCACUUAGAGGGGAAGAGAAAAGCUGAGGGGGAACUGAAGGAGCUAAAGGCUCAAAUCGAGGAAGCAGGAUUCUCCUCUGUGUCCCACAUCAGGAACACCAUGCUGAGCCUUUGCCUUGAGAAUGCAGAGCUGAAGGAACAGAUGGGAGAAGCAAUGUCUGAUGGAUGGGAGAUGGAGGAAGACAAGGAGAAGGGCGAGGCGAUGGCGGAGACUGUGGUAGCCAAAGGGGAUCUGAAUGAGAAUAGCCUUCAGGCUGAGUUUAGGAAGCUCCAGGGAAAACUGAAGAAUGCCCACAGCAUCAUCAACCUCCUCAAUGAGCAGCUGGUGCUGAGCAGCAAGGAAGGGAAUAGUAAAAUUACUCCAGAGUUCCUCAUGCAACUGGCCAGGAAGAUUGACAGAAUAAACAAAGAGCUGGUUUGGUCUCCUGGGAAGCAUCAAUGCCAUGAGGAGGAAGAUGCAACUAUGAGGCCCUGCCGAAGACCCCAGAGCCUUGAACUUGGGGCUGCCCUCUCAGCGGAUGCCCACCAAAUGGAUAACCUGUCCCAAGCCAGUGACCCUGGGCCUCAGGCAGAAUUUAGCUUCCCGGGAUCCACCAAGCACCUGCGCUCACAGCUGGCACAGUGCAAACAACACUACCAAGACCUCCAGGAGAAGCUACUGAUAUCGGAAGCCACAGUCUUUGCCCAGGCCAACCAGCUGGAGAAAUACAGAGUCAUGUUUAGUGAAUCUUUGGUGAAGCAGGACAGCAAGCAGGUCCAGGUUGACCUCCAGGAUCUGGGCUAUGAGACAUGUGGCCGAAGUGAGAAUGAGGCUGAGCGGGAGGAGACAACCAGCCCUGAGUGUGAAGAACAUGGCAGCCUCAGGCAAACAGUCCUGAUGGAGGGAUUGAGUUCUGAGCAGGAGCGCCUGGGCUUGGCACUAACGAGUCCCCCCAGGAAGAAGCCCCUGGAGAGGCAGCUAGGGAAGCAGAAGGAGUUCCAGGCAUAUGGACAGUCAGAAGACAUCUCUGUCCUACAGAAGGACAUCAAAGAUCUAAAGGCCCAGCUGCUGAAUGCCAGCAAGGUCAUUCAAAACCUCAAGAGCCGGGUACGAUCCCUCUCGGUUACAAGUGAUUAUUCAUCUAGUCUGGAAAGACCCCAAAAGCUGAAGGCCUUCGGCACCCUGGAGGGGUCUUCACCUCAUAGAUCCACUGAUGAAGAUGAAGGGUGGCUGUCUGAUGGCACUGGAGCUUUCUACCCCCCAGGGCUUCAGGCCAAAAAGGAUCUAGAGAGUCUCAUCCAGAGAGUGUCACAACUGGAGGCCCAGCUCCCGAAAACUGGACUGGAGGGGAAGCUGGCAGAGGAGCUGAGGUCAGCUUCAUGGCCUGGGAAAUAUAAUUCCCUGAUUCAGGAUCAAGCCCGAGAACUAUCUUACCUACGGCAGAAAAUACGAGAAGCGAGGGGUAUCUGUUACCUUCUCACCCAGCAUGUGAAAGAUGCAAUAAAAUCUUUCGAAGACCUCCUAAGGAGUAAUGACAUUGACUACUACCUGGGGCAGAGCUUUCGGGAGCUACUUGCCCAGGGAAGCCAGCUGGCAGAGAAGCUCACCAGCAAACUCAGCACCAAGGAUCAUAAAAGUGAGAAGAAUCAAGUAGGACUUGAGCCACUGGCCCUCAGGCUCAGCAGGGAGCUGCAGGAGAAGGAGAAAGUGAUUGAAGUCCUGCAAGCCAAACUGGAUGCCAGGUUCCCAACCCCCUCCAGCAGCCAGGCCUUAUCUGACUCCCACCGCUCUCCCAGCAGCAUGUCCUUUCUGUCUGAUGAGCUGGAAGCCUGUUCUGACAUGGACACAGCCAGCGAGUAUACACACUGUGAAGAGAAGAAAGCUUUCCCUAGUCACUCAGAUUCCAUCCAUCAUUCGAGUCAUUCUGCUGUAAUGUCUUCUAAACCAUCAUCAACCAGUGCAUCUCAGGAGGCUAAGGCCGAAUCCAGCAGCAACCCCAUCAGCUUGCCAACUCCCCAGAAUCCCCCCAAGGAGGCCAACCAGGCGCAUCCAGGCUUUCAUUUUAACUCCAUGCCCAAGCUGAGUAGCUUCCCCCUGGCUGUGUUGCCCUCAGCUUCACCCAACUUCCUGCCCUUCAGCUCCCCUGGCCCUCCCCUCCUUGGCUGCUCUGAGGCACUGGGGUUCUCCUUGGCCGAGGCUCAACAGGAGCUGCAGCUGCUGCAGAAGCAGCUGGGAGAAAGUGUCAGCACUGGCCCUCCUGCUUCCCUGGCUACAUUGCCAAGUAAUCAUUUGGAAGCCAGCUCUUCCCACCACCUCAACUCUGCCCAGCCCCACUCUCCUCUGAGGGGCACCAGAGACCUGGACAGAAUCCUGGAACCUGGGUACCUGGGCAGCAGUGGACCAUGGGACAUGAUGAGACCUCAGAAAGGGAGUGUAUCUGGGGACUUAUCCAUAGGCUCCUCUAUGUACCAGCUUAACUCCAAACCCACAGGAGCUGACCUGCUGGAGGAGCAUCUGGGUGAAAUCCGGAACCUGCGCCAGCGCCUGGAGGAGUCCAUCUGCAUCAACGACCGCCUGCGGGAACAGCUGGAAUACCGGCUCAGCUCCACUGCCCGCGAAAGUGGAUCCUCCACUAACUUCUGCAGUCAGGGCCUGGACUGUAUCCCUCAGCUCUACAAUGAGAACAAGGUCCUCAGGGAAGAAAACCGGAGCCUUCAGGCUCAGAUGAAUCACAUUUCCCGAGAGCACUCCCAGGAAACUGAAUGCCUGAGGGAUGCUCUGCGAUCCUCACGAUCCCGGCUUCAAGAGGUGGAAAUGGAGCUGGAGCACCAGAAGGUGGAACGGCGGCAGCUUUUGGAGGACUUGAAGGAGAAGCAGAAGGAGGUCUUGCAUUUCCGGGAGGAACGGCUAUCCCUCCAGGAGAAAGAUUCCUGGCUGCAGCACAAGCUGACCCUCCUGCAGCAACAGUGUGAAGAGAAACAGCAGCUCUUCCAGUCCCUUCAGUCUGAGCUACAGAUCUAUGAGGCCCUUUAUGGCAAUUCCAAGAAGGGGUUGAAAGGUUACAACUGGGAUGCCUGUCACCAAGUCCCCUUGAGCAGUGACUUGAGCCACCUGGUGGCAGAGGUACGAGCUUUGAGAGGGCAGCUGGAGCAGAGCAUUCAGGUGAACAAUUGUCUGCGGCUGCAGCUGGAGCAGCAGCUGGAUGGCAGAGCAGACAAAGCCCACCUCAGCCCCUCUUCUGUUACCCAGAACUUCCCAGCCAACACGGACCCUGGGGACAAGCAGCUACUCUUCCAAGAUUCAGUGUCUUCCCCUCCGGUUCGGGAUGUUGGCAUGAGUUCUCCAACUCUGGUCUUCCCCAGUUCUUCCUCUGCUCCUGGCUCAGAGACUUCCGUCUUCAGUAGGACAAAUGAGUUGGGUCUAGAUGCUUCUCCAGUAGUGAAGAACCCUCCCAAGCUAGAGGGUGAUGCUACUGAUGGCUCCUUUGCCAAUAAGCAUGGUCGCCAUGUCAUUGGCCACAUCGAUGACUACAGUGCCCUAAGACAACAGAUUGGAGAGGGAAAACUGCUGGUCAAAAAGAUAGUGUCUCUCAUGAGAUCAGCAUGCAACUUCCCUGGCCUUGAAGCUCAAGGCACAGAGAUGCUCAGCAGUGAGCGUGCCCAUGAGCUUCGGAGCAGCACCCGUGCCCUGCACCACACCUUGGAGGAGUCCACCUCCCUCCUCACCACGUUCUGGCGUGCGGCUUUGCCAGACGCCUGCAACCCUGCUCAGCCUGGCAAAGUGGGAGAGUCAAUGAAAAGGGAACUUCUGGAACUGAGAACCAAACUCUCCAAACAUGAGAGCCUCCUUCAGAGCACAACUGAGCGACUGAAGACUGCCAACCAGCAGAAGGAGAGCCUGGAGCAGUUUAUCUUCAGCCAGUUGACCAGGACACAUGAUGUUUUGAAGAAGGCAAGGACUAAUUUAGAGGUAAAAUCCCUACGGGCUCUACUGUGCACUCCAGUCUUGUGACCCUUGCCUUCCAGGAGCCAUGCAAGAAGCGAAGCCACCAGAGGUCCUUAAAACGGC